AUGCUUAAACGGAAAAGAUCAGAUCUUGAAAAUUCAUAUAGUAUAAUUGAAGAGAGGAAUAAAAAACUUAUAGAAAUUAAAGAAAAACUCGAAAAAUUAUUGGCAGAUUACUCAUCAAGAUUUUUAAAUUGCUAUAACUCAAAAGAGGUUCAUAAAAAAGUGCUUUUGCUCCAGGAAGAGAUAGAAAAGUUAAAGAUAUUUGACAAUGAAUUAAAAUAUGUAUGUGAAGUUAAUAGCGAUGUUGCUGCGCAGUGUUUUAACUUGGAAAAUGAAAUAAAUGAAAUUUCUAAUAAAUUUUAUGAAUUUAACGAGCAAUUGGAUUUUGACUCAAGGUUGAUAUACUAUUUUAAUUCCAGAGGAACAAAAAAGACUUAUUAUUUUGGCUUGUAUGACAUCAAAGCUCGAAAAUGAAAUAAAAUAAAUAUAGAUUUUGAAAUUGGUGUAAAGCAUAGCGGAUCAUGCCUCACCCAACUUCCCAGCUCUGAGCUCUUCUAUCAUUUCAAUAAUAGAGAAAUAGCAUGUAAUAGCAGCUACAUUAUUGAUUUAAAAUCUUUUACAGUUAAAAGAUAUUUACCUAAUGUGCAUUUAUUAAAUUACCCUACAUGCGUUUAUUAUGAAAAUUCUAUUUAUGUUUUUGGAAGUCGCCCUACAAAGCAUUUAGCAAUUAAAUUUGACUUACUAAAAGAUAAGUGAAUGAAAUUACCUUCAAUUUUAGUGAAGCAUAAAAAAUAUUGCUUAGAAAUUUUUAAAAAAUGUAUAUUGUUUGUUGCAAACUGCGAAGGUAAGAUAUUUAAAUAUGACUUUGAAAUUGAAAGUUACUCAAUUAUAGACUUACAAAUUAUACCAUCAUGAGGCGGCGUUGGAAUUAUUUCGGCCAGUUCAAGAGCAUAUAUCUUUGAGAGCAGUAGCUUUCUUCAUGAGAGCGAAAUUGAUAACGAAUAUGUUUGGCAAAAGAUUGGAAAAUUCAAUUUCAGAUUUUUUGAAGUUCCUUUCAAAAAGUACAGGAAUGACUCUGUUUUUGUCACAAUGUCUUCUGGAAGUGGACUUCGGGUUUAUAGAUUUGAAUUAAAAUCCAAAACAUUUAAAAUGAUGAAAGAUAUUAAAUAUUAUUAA